AUGGAUAAGGGAAAGUCGAUCUCAUACGGUGAGGAAGGCCAUAACCCAGGUGUUGCUCAAACCAUGCGGGCAUGGCAGACCAGUCCUAUGUUCCCUAACCUCAUUCCCAUAGUCUAUAGGCUGCACAAAGGUGGACCUCAAGUGGCUUACAGACCUCAAGAAUGUGGAUGUCAUUGUGCUCGGCAUUUUUCCGUCCCGAAUGAAGUGGUUUUUAACAUCCAAGUUGAGAAGGCUUGGGUCAAGGAGAGCUUGGACAAAUCCAAAGGGAGACUUCGUGAGCUUGAGGCAACUGUGAUUAACCAUAAGUGUCUCGAGGGGGAUCUAUACAUGAAGAUUUGGGAGUUGAACAAGAAAGUCAAACAAUUGGAGGCCAAGGACGGUCUGGCCGAAGGACGAGUGAAUCAACACAAAUCCAAAUUGGAAAGCUUUAAGAUGAAAUAUGAUGGACUGAUUCAGGACAUGCAAGAAACGCAUCCAAAACAAAUAGAGGUCAUUGAGAAAAACUCAAAUUCCGAGGAUGAAGAAUCUGGAGAUGAUAUCAGAAAUGAUGAGUACGGAGACCUAACCAUGGAAGAGAAUGAAGAAGAAGAUGAAGACAUUGAAGAGGACCAUCCCGCCUCGUGGAAAGAAAGGCUCAAUAACCGCUUCGGGGACACGACCGAAAAUGAACCAUUACCGAACGAAGGAGGAAGUGCAAUUCCGCAGAUAGCAGCAGCUGUGCAAACUAUGGCUCAAGCAAUGCAACAGCUGGCAACCUAUGACCCACUCGGUGGACAGUCGAAUCCUCAACAGAAUGAGACGGAAGACCGAGCUUUGGAUAGGUUUUGA